CGCCCGUUAUUUGAGCCAAGCGGUUCUGCGUUAAAAGAUUUUCUUGAUACUAUUAUUCGAACGUGAAUAAGCGGAAGGUUCCGCAGUCGCAGUUGCAACUAUCUAUCGUGAAAUAUAUUUUGUGCGUAAAAAUAAGGAAAACACACGCUAUAAAAAACCUGAGCAACAACAAUCAAACAUUUAUAUGUAGCAGCAAAGAGCUAAAAAGUGAAAUUUGUGCGUGCGUUUCAGCCGCUAAAAUGUGAACAAAAUACCAGUGCGAAAUUGUUGAAAAUUUAACAGAAUAACACCCGUACAAAGGGAACGAAUCCCAAGAUAUUCCGGGCAUUGAAACUGAACCAAAUACCCAAGUCUAAUUGGAUUUGGUACGCAAAUUGCAAAAAAUAUCCAACGGCAGCAAAAGCACAAAAGCAACAAAGCAACCUGUAGCUUUGGCUCUAGCUCUGGCUUUGAUUUUGGCUUUGGCUUUUGGCUUUUGGCUUUUGUGUAAGCUGCGAGCAGCGUUAGGCGGAAGCCAAUUGAACCCGAACAAAUGCAAUUGUUUCAAAUAUAAAGCUGCAGGCACUUACCAACGUUGAGCCGCGCUUCUACCUGUUCAACAACUAAUCAACGAUUAAACAACAACAAAACCACGCAGCAACCAGCAACAAAAUGUGGUGCAUUGUUAACUUGCCAAACGGCACACAACAGGCCGUCAAAUGGGAUCCGAAAGCCAAUGGACAGGAGUGUCUAGAGAAGGUCUGUCGCGCCCUGAACAUCAUCUGUGAGAUGGAAUACUUUGGCCUGGAGCACUGGACACCCAACCAGAAGGAGACGCAGACGCGUCAGUGGAUCAAUCUGAGGAAUCGGCUGUCCUGCGACAGCGGCAGCAGCGGCAGUGGCAUCCAACUGAUGCUGGCCCUGCGCGUCAAGUUCUGGGUGCCCGUGCACUUCAUCCUGCAGGAGAGUGUGCGCAAUCUGUUCUACAUGCAGGCCCGCCGGGACCUGAUGGAGGGCCGGCUCUCGGCCAGCGACUGGAGCAAUGCGGCCAAGCUGGCGGCUCUGCUCUGCCAGGCCGAUGGCCUGCGCUUCAACGAGGCGGCCCUGAGGGCCGACUGCCCCAUGAGGAUGCGCCGGGAGCUGGCCCAACAGCAGCUGCAGCAGCAGCAGGCCCAGCAGCAGCGUCUGGAGCAGCAGCGCAAGGAGAAGGAGCACGUGCUGAGCUUCAAGAAGCGACGCCUGUCCAAGCAGAAGUCCAUGGAGCACAUCGAGAACUGUGCCCUGCCGCUGGCCGGGACCAGCUGCAGCCUGCAGCCAUCGCCCUCGGCCUCUGUCUCCGCCUCAGCCUGCACCUCCACCUCCGCCUCCGCCACCACAUCCCACACCUGCUCCCACACCCACUCGAACUCCAGCUCGAGCAGCCCCAGCAACAGCAGCAGCCAGACGGGGCUGGACGAGCGCCUGGCCAGCAAUCCGCUGCGCAUGUACGAGGAGUACGUGUUCCUGCCCAGCCCCGAGAGCGAGGCCGAUGCCAAUGCCUCCGCGGCAGAGCCACCUUCGGACUACCUCAGACAGAUCGCCACCGAGCACGGAAAGCUGGCCAAGCUGCAGAUGAGCCCCAAGUCGGCCAAGUACUGGCUGCUGCAGUCCAUCCAGGACCUGGCCGGCUAUGGCGAGGAGCUCUUCAGCGGCGUCACCACCAACGAGAGCGCCACUCGGUGCGACAUUGCCGUGGGCGCCCAUGGCAUCACCGUCUGCCGUGGGGGUGAGAAACAAAGCAUCACCUUUGGCGCGAUUGCCGCUGCCAAGUCGCUGAGGCGCACCUUCAAGCUGGAGUACGUGGACGAUCACAACGAUCGCAAGGAGCUCGAAAUCAAGCUGCCCAAGCAGCCCAUUGCCGCCGGCCUCUACCGCUCCAUUACCGAGCGGCACGCCUUCUAUGUGUGCGACAAGGUGCGGGGCGUUGUGACCAAUCAGUUUACCCGGGAUCUCAAGGGCACCAUUGCCUCCAUGUUCAAGGAGGACACGGAGCUGGGCAAGCGCUAUGUGUUCGACAUCCAGCACACGUGCCGGGAGGUGCACGAUCAGGCCCGGAGGAUUCUGCACGAGCGCGGCGGCGAUGCGGCUGUCCAGGCCGGGGCUGAUGGCUGUGCGGCUGCUGCUGCCGUUGCUGUUGCUGGUGGUGUCGCCUCCGAAGCAUUUGGGGCUGGGGCCGGCCCCAGUUCAGGUGCUGGUGGUGGCUCCAUGGCCGGCAAGAUAGAUUUGGCCAUACGCGAGAAGGAGGCGCGUGAGGCGGCGAUUGAGCGCUGCGUGGACACGCGCAUAUCCGAGGCCAUGCAAUGCAAGAUCUGCAUGGAUCGCGCCAUCAACACAGUGUUCAAUCCGUGCUGUCACGUGAUUGCCUGUGCCCAGUGUGCCGCCAGGUGCAGCAACUGUCCGAAUUGCCGGGUGAAGAUCACCAGCGUGGUCAAAAUCUAUCUGCCUCCGGAGCUGCGCACCAGCCAGUCGGAGAGCGGCGGCGGCAGCGGUGGUGGCAGCAGCAGCAGCACCAGCCACAUCCACAUCCACAGCGAUGGGCCCAACGACACGGAGCUGCAGCUGGACGAGAUCUCAACGGCGGCAGUGACAGCUGAGGCAACUGCUGGAGGAGCAGUGGGAGCAGGAGCAGGAGCAGGAGCUGGAGCUACAGCCGAGCCUGGUGGCGGCCAGGCCAAGGUCACGACGGCCGCCUAGAAUUGGCUGUGCUCGCUGCUGUUCCGGCUGAUGGAAUGGGUGUGCGUGCCGAUUGUCUGAGAAUCAUCCGAAAACCAUCCACUAUGACCAUAAUCUAGAGGGAACAACAAA